UCGCUUCCACACGACUGCCUUUGAAUGAAGGCUUGUCACUUACUAGAUCGUCUAUACGAAUAUCUGGAAUCGGAUAUUGCAUUACUCAUUCAUCAUAGCCCGUCGUCCCUCCCCUCUCCUACACAAGAUAAUGGAUCGUAUAUAUCACGGCUGGCUCGCAUAUUGUCUGCUUGCUAUCAACUCCUUUUUCGAAAUCAUCUUGUAGACAUAGAUACUCCCACGGCGAAUGUUGUCAAAAACUCCUAUCUCUUGGAUCACUGGCUUUACAGUCUCAACAUUGAUAUUCCCUUUCAUCGUUCAUCUUUGAAACCAUUGAAAUCUUGCCACGCGUACCUGCUGAUUGCGAGCCUCGAUGACCGAGUCAUCCGAAAUACGACGACAUAAUCCGGCAAGGCCACGGACGCCACCUGGGACGGUUUAUUUCGGAGAGGGUCGCAUAGAUCUUGACGGAGUCGAACAAGAUGCCGACGGCCAUGUUAUUCUCCAGCCACAACCAUCGAACGAUCCAAAUGAGCCAUUGAACUGGCCCACUUACCAGAAGGCCAUCAACUUUUCCAUUGCUUGUCUGUUCACCUUGAUGGUUUUUGCAACCUUGGACGUUGGAACUGUGACCUGGCCUUCCCUGACAGACGAGCUCGGUUAUGGCUCGAAGUAUCUCAACAACAGCUAUGCCGCUGGAUUGGCAGGGAUGGCCAUCGGCUGCAUCUUUUUCAUCCCUGCGGCUGACUUAAUUGGGCGAAAGCCCGUAUAUAUUUUCGCUUCUUUAACAAUGGUGCUGGCGAAUAUAGGUCAAGCUUCGUUCCAGACCCGAGCCCAGUAUAUCGUGCUACAGGCCAUAGCGGGACUCGCAGGCUCAGUCAACGACACUAUCAUUCAGAUGACUAUCGUGGAUCUUUUCUUCGUUCACCAGCGUGCAACGAUGAAUGGUAUCUAUUCAAUAAUGGUGGUCGUCGGGACAUACCUAAGCCUCAUUCCAGCCGGAUAUAUUAUAAGUAGCCAGGGAUGGCGCUGGGUAUGGUGGUGGUGUGCUAUUCUCAACGCACUGGUUCUACUCUUGAUAAUUUUCGCCUACGAAGAGACCAAAUAUGGAAGGCCUGCAGGGAACUGCUAUAUUGGUGAAGAUCCCCCGGUGGCACUGGGAGUAGAGGAAAAGCAGUCUACAGCCCCUGAAUUUGACAAAGAAAAGGCGAUGCCACCCCCUUGCGAGACAAUCCCGCAAAGGGUUGCGGAGGAGCCUAUCCCGCCACGGAAGACAUAUUUGGAAAGAAUGACUGCCUUUGGGCCUACUGACAGCAUUACCUUGAAACAAUACUGGCGUCAUAUGUGGACGCCAUUUCUCCUUUUCUUUCGCAUCCCAGCAGUGGCCUUUGUGGGCAUCGAAUAUUCAUUCAUGAUGUGCUGGAUAGCCAUCCUAGCCACAACACAGCCUAUCCUGUUUGCAGAACCCCCCUACAACUUUUCGUCUGUAGGUGUGGGUAAUAUUAAUAUUGCCCCUUUCAUCGGUGCCGUCAUAGGGGCUAUAUAUGGCGGUCCUCUUAAUGAUUACUACGUCGUGUAUAUGGCCCGGCGCCGAGCUGGAAUCUAUGACCCGGAGCUGAGAUUGCAUAUGCUUCUUGUGCCCCUGGUAGUAUGCCCUCUAGGACUCUUCCUUUAUGGUAUUAGCAUUGCCAAUGAACAACCGUGGAUUGUCCCGUUAAUUGGAUCCUCAUUUGUGGGCUUUGGAAUUGGGUCCAUAACAUCGAUUAUUCUCCCAUACUAUGGAGAUUCCUAUCGUGAGCUUGUCGCCGAGGGUCUCGUCGUCAUUACAUUCGUGCGCAACCUAGUCUCGACGGGUAUAUCGUUCGCUAUCAAUCCAUGGAUGACCGGGCUUGGUGUUCAGAAUAUGUUUAUCAGCGCUGGAUGCCUGUGCUUUGGAGUUUUGGUCUUUGUCAUCCCCAUGAUGAUUUGGGGUCGGAAGGCGCGUAUCAGUACCGCCGACUAUUACUUGAGUGCUGUGGCUGCAGGUUAGGGUGUGUGUGUGUGUGUGUGUGUG